UUCAUGUCUUCGCACCGUUUCGCAGAUCCCGGUACAGGGAGGGCAACCCUACUGCCAGUGGGCGCCAUCACCGAUGGUCACGGGUACAGGCUUGCGGGUCGCAUCUGCCGAGAAAUUGUUGCAGGGCACCCGAAGGAGGUUGGCGGCUCAAUGGAGAAGGUGGGACGACCCAGGGCGCAGGCAAAGGCGUCAGAC